UUGCAAUGACAAUAAUGCAUUUAUCUCGCAUAAUGACUACAGAAAACAUUACCGGCACCGAUGCAUAACUGAUCGAGUGGAUCGAUGGGCGCGGGAUCAAUGGAUUUACGCAGAUCAAGCCGGUGUGAAACUCCAGAGCGGAUCUGAUCAUAGCAUCACCUGAACAUCAUGAUACAGUUAUUGCAUUGAAGAUAUGCUUUAUUUGACUUCUUUUUGGAUCUUGCAGGCGACGUUAUAAUUGAUUUCAUGUCAUGUCUUCAGUCCUCCUGAUCUGAGCUUCAGGUUUUUGAUCAUGAUGCUUCUCGGGGUUUGACCAGCUCUGAUCCAGUCCUGCAGAUCUUCAGUGGCAUGAGCUCCUCUCAUCAUGGCCAGAAACACUUCUCUCUACUUUCGCAUCGUCGAGGGACGCAACCUGCCUGCUAAAGACGUUUCUGGGACCAGUGAUCCGUACUGCAUCAUCAAAGUUGACAAUGAGGUCGUGGCCAGAACCGCCACCGUCUGGAGAAACCUAAAUCCGUUCUGGGGCGAGGAAUACACCCUUCAUCUGCCGAUGGGCUUCCAUACGCUCACCUUUUACGUCAUGGAUGAAGACACGAUUGGUCAUGAUGAUGUGAUUGGUAAAAUCUCCCUGAGUAAAGAUGUGAUCGCUGCUCAACACAAAGGUUUGGAUAACUGGCUGAAUCUGACACGUGUGGAUCCGGAUGAAGAGGUUCAGGGUGAGAUUCAUUUGGCUCUGGAGCUGCAUAGAGACGCUCAGAGAACCAGCCUGCACUGUCACGUCAUCGAGGCCCGUGAUUUGGCUCCGCGUGAUAUUUCCGGUACCUCUGAUCCGUUCACCAGAAUCAUCUACAACAACCUCAGCGCUGAGACAUCGAUCAUAAAGAAGACGCGGUUCCCGCACUGGGAUGAGACUCUGGAGUUGAGUUUGGAUGAAGGUGAUGAUGAUGAGGGUGGACGCGUGACGGUGGAGGUCUGGGACUGGGACAUGGUGGGCAAGAACGACUUUCUGGGAAAGGUGAGCCGACAAGGUAAACUGGGUGCUCUGCGUCUGAAGGUGCGUUUGGCCGAGGAGAGGAUUCUUCCGUCUGUGUACUAUCAGCCUCUGAUUGAGCUGCUGGUGGAGGCCGUCAUCUCGCCGUCAGAGGUGGAUGAGCCCACACCCCUGACCCUGCUGGAGGAGGUCACGACGGUGGAGAGCCGGCAGAUCGUGGCCAUGACGCUGGUCAAGAUCUAUCUGGGUCAGGGUCUGGUCGUGCCGUUCCUGGACUACCUCAACACCAGAGAGGUCCACAACACCACAGAUCCAAACACACUCUUCCGGUCCAACUCACUGGCCUCCAAAGCCAUGGAGCAGUUCAUGAAGGCCGUCGGGAUGCUGUAUCUACACGAGGUUCUGAAGCCCAUUAUCAACCGCAUCUUUGAGGAAAGGAAAUACGUCGAGUUGGAUCCCUGCAAGAUAGACCUCAGCCGCUCCAGCCUUGGUUACCUGUACUUACUUUUUCCUAUGGAUGACACUCGUAGUAAAAUAUAUGCACAGAUGAUCAUUUCUGGUCGGGCAGAUCCAAACACACUCUUCCGGUCCAACUCACUGGCCUCCAAAGCCAUGGAGCAGUUCAUGAAGGCCGUCGGGAUGCUGUAUCUACACGAGGUUCUGAAGCCCAUUAUCAACCGCAUCUUUGAGGAAAGGAAAUACGUCGAGUUGGAUCCCUGCAAGAUAGACCUCAGCCGCUCCAGGAAAUACGUCGAGUUGGAUCCCUGCAAGAUAGACCUCAGCCGCUCCAGACGAAUCUCGUUUAAAGGCUCGGCGUCGGAGGCCGAGGUCAGGGAGAGCAGCGUGGGGCUCCUGCAGACGUAUCUGAGCAGCAUCAUGGAGGCCAUCGUCAGCUCUGUCUCCCAGUGUCCUCCUGUGAUGAGAGUCGUCUUCAAACAGCUCCAUAAACGUGUGGAGGAACAGUUUCCAGAAGCCGAGAACGAGGAUGUGAAGUAUUUGGCCAUCAGCGGCUUUUUCUUCCUGCGUCUGUUUGCUCCUGCGAUUCUGACGCCCAAACUCUUCCAGCUGAGAGACCACCACGCCGACACCAGGACCAGCAGAACGCUGCUGCUGCUCGCUAAGGCUCUUCAGAGCGUGGGGAACCUGGGCCUUCAGCUGGGUCAUGGGAAGGAGCAGUGGAUGACCCCUCUGCAUCCCAUCAUCCUUUGCAGCGUGGCGUCCGUCAAAGAUUUCCUGGACAAACUCAUAGACAUCGAUCACAGCAACGUGUCUGAAGCUCCGCAGCGCGCCGUGUUUUUGCCGUCGGUCAUCGUGAAGGAAGGUUUCCUGCAGAAACACAAAGCCGAAGGACCUCAGCUGCUCAAACGCUUCGCUUUUAAGAAACGAUAUUUCUGGCUGAGCUCAGAGACGCUGUCGUACGCCAAGAGCCCCGACUGGCAGGUUCGCUCCUCUAUUCCCAUAGCGCGUGUGUGUGCGGUGGAGCGCGUGGAUGAAAACGCCUUUCAGCUCCAGAACGUCAUGCAGGUCAUUACACAGGACACGGACGGACAACUACACACCACAUACCUGCAGUGCAAGAAUGUAAAUGAGCUCAAUCAGUGGCUGUCGGCCAUCAGGAAGGUCAGUAUUUAUAAUGAACACAUGCUGCCGUCGUUUCACCCCGGAGCUCAUCGAGGAAACAAAUGGACCUGCUGCCUUCAGCCCGACCGCACAGCGCUGGGCUGCAGUCGGACUCAUUCAGCCGUGACUCUGGGCGACUGGAGUGACCCGUUAGAUCCUGAUGCUGAAACACAGAUAAUUUAUAAAGAGCUGCUGCAGGGCCGAGACAAACUCAGGUGUGUGAGCGUCUUUACCUGA